ACCAAUAUCAAUCAACCGCCCAUCGCUCGUCAUCCUCAUCUCGUCGCCCGCGAUGGCGACACCAUCGCCCCGCAUGCCAUCACAAGGCCCUGCUCGGCUGACCGGCGCCUUUAGCAGUGCCCGGAUGCAGGCUCGCGGUGGAUGGCGCAAGGCAUCCGGUGGUCAACGCGGUCGUCGAUCUGUCAGCGUUGUGCGAUUCGCAGAGGAGGCGGCCUCCAAUACGCCAGAGGAAGCAGCAGAGCAGAUGCCACCUCCCACAAAGAUACCACGGCGAUCUCAAAUCAGCUUUGUACCGCCCACGCCGACGCUCGAGGAACGAUGCCACGCCCUGGCGACCAAUGCCCUUGCAGUCCUCGCCUUCUACGCUCGCCUUGUUGACGAGGACAACUUCACAUCGGCGCAGACGCUCAGCGAGAUGCGGCGCAACUGGGAGCCAUUCGACUCGUACAAGACGAAUCAGCUGCUUGAAAAUGCGCAGUACCACCAUCACUUCAUCGACGCAGACGAGGUGGCUCGCUCACUGCUGUCCGACCAUCAUCAUGACGAGGGCCUACCCUUAGGCUUCCGCGAGACGAUGCUCAUUGCCAAUUGUGCGACAUUCCUACACUACAUCUGGAGCCUUCCGAGUAGCCCUUCUUCCUCAUCCACGCCCACCACCUGGCCUUGCCGCAAUGUUGCCGAGAUGCAAGACGCCUGGCGGGUCUUCCUCCGUCAUAUCGUCCCCUACGACCGGCCGCUGAGCGACGACGUGCUGGAGCAUCACCUUGAACUGUCCACGCAAGUGUACAUUGCUCGUCUCACUCAGCUACACUCCGAUCGACACGCCUCACGCGAUGAGCUCGAAGACGAAGCAGACGGCGAGCUGGACGAGCUCCUCGGUCCCAGCAGUCUGGACUCGGUUCUCGCGGCUCGUCGUCAGCAGUCCAAGCGCAAGCUACAGGCGCACUGGAUCGAGCUGACAGAUAAACGAGCCAUCAUCGUCGAUGGGAUAGCCUACGACGCCAAAGCCCUCCGUACGGCCUUCCCCCUCGCACAAAUGGCACUGGACAUCACCCCCUUCAUCCUGGACAUCGUCAGCCAGGUAGAGGAGCAAGUUGCGGGAUAUCAAGAACCUCACCUCCUCGGUCGUCUAUUCGCGAAUCAUCCGAGCAAUCCGCUCUCUCCACCUCCUCCUCCUGCCCCACUUGGGCGCGUACUACCCCCAGGAGCGGCUCAGCCAGUCGAUUCCCAGGCCUUUGCUUCGCAACGAGAAGCGUGGCUGCGCGAGCUUAUGGACUCGCAGAGUCAGGCGUCGAGAGGUGGUGGAGAGGAUGGUAGUAUCGUCAUGAGCGGAAUCAGCGGCUGGGGAGCGGCUUCACAGGCUGGAUCCGCUUCGGACUUCUUGGAGGCGCAAGAUAGGAUGGAUAUCUAUCAAGAGUUGGUGGCGAAUGAGCGUGGCAUCCCUCAGGCGAGACAGAGACGAUCCCAGUCGAGGCAGCUUGGGCCUACGAUACUCAGGCGCGGAUCACGCGCUCCUUCCUCGGGCGCCGAUUACGCGUCAGACUUUUCCGUUUCGACCUCCGUCGCUCUACGUGCGAUGCGCGAGGAGAGUCAGCAGAGCCAAUUCAGCAGGGAGCGCUCCAUUUUUGGGUACGACUUGAGCGGACGCAGCAGCAGCAGUUCGCGUAGCGGCAGCGAGCCCCCUCUUCCCAUCCCAAUCAGGCGCAAAGCACUCCGCGAGCUUCAAGAGGAGGCGGUGUCAGAAGGGUCUCCCUCGUCCUCUUCUCGCCAACGGAGCGAUAGUGAACCCGCGCUGUCCACUCCAGUAAGACAGGAGGCGCUGCGCGAGCUACAGGCGGUUAACGCCCCCUCUUCCCGCCUGCGACGUCAUCGUGAGCUGUCCAUUUCCACGCCAGUCAGGCGAGAGGCAUUGCGGGAGCUCGAGGGGGAGGCGGAUGGACGACCCGCUUCGCCUCCUCGCGACUCACCAAGACGUAGCAGCGAAAGUGACACUCCUGUACCUAUACCGGUUAGACGCGCAGCCCUCCAUGAGCUCGAGGCGGAUGUCCCACCCUCUUCUCCCCCGAGUGGGCCAUUCGCUGCAGCCAUUCAGCAGCGACGAGCGAGUGGGAGUGGCGGGACUGUCGCCAGGUCGCCCACCGCUACCGGCAUUCAAGUCAGGCAAGGACGCCUCGUCCGCGGACCGGCUACUGCAGGCCCUUCGCGCUUCAAUGACCGCUCUGCCGCAGGCGAAAGGGAGAUGCGCUUCGACUCUCAGGAGGAUGAGGAGAUGAGUGAAGAUAUCUUUUUGGAGCAGCAGCGACAGCGACAGAGGAGGCAGCAGAGGGAUAGAGGUGGGAGCACAUACAGGAAGAGGGGGAGGAGAGGCGCGCGGGGUGAAAGACUGGAGGAGCGGGUGGAUGAGGGGGAGCCUGAGGCUGAGGCUGAGGAGGAGAUGAUCGAAUGGCCUGAGCCGCCCAGGAAGCCUCUGCCCUUCUCCGUCAUUGUGCCAAGGAUGGACAUGCCUGGCGGACCUGUCCCGCUCUCACUGCCCAUCGACGCAGAAGGUCAGCCGGCAGAAGCAGCGCUCCAACUUGAGGACGCCCCCGCGCAACCGCACAUCCAGACGACCACCACCCCGCACGCAACAGUCGUAACCGCAACAACGAUCAGCGACGCCGAUCGCAUACGUCUCGAAGAAUGGCGAGCAGCCACCUCACAAGGUGGGGAGGCCGAUGCCGGCGGCUUCGAAGAAGAUGACAAUCCGGUUCUGAUCGCGGCGCGCAACCAGCUCACUCUUGAGUACUGGUUCGCGCGUGUUCGUCCUGGGUUGGAGAAUCUGCCGACUCCAAGACCGCAAGCUAACUUUCAGGCGGCCGUCGCAGAGGCAAUCCGCAUUAGAAAGAGUGGCAAGAAUCCCGCAAGAGAGGCUGUCCUCCGGCCGCACUUGGUUGGGAUAGCGAUCGAGGAUGGACAGGAGGGCGAGGGAGAUGAGAGGCAGGGUGAAGGGGAUGAACAGGACGAGCAAGGCGACGAGGGAGAAGCGGAAGCGGAGCCCAUCGAAGUAGAAGACAACUCUCGCGACGAUGAGGAGCGGGUGGCCGCACAGCUUUCGGCGUCACAGUGGCGGGCGAAGCAGGAAAGUGACGCCAGCAGCGAUGAGGAUCAGUCCUCAGACCAGCUUGAUGCUGGGAAUGAAGAUGAGGAUGCCGACUUCCGGCCCAAUCGCACCCGUAGAGCCGGGGCAUCACAGCAACAGCGCUCCCGCUCGCAUGCCUCCGCCUCGGCCCCUGCGGCUUCUCAACAGUCGCUCCCAACCUCUUCACAACGUCGCAACAAGGAUCCUUGGACCUCCAACGAGAUCUCCACCCUCCUCACCUCCCUCUACGCCCUCGCCCGCUUCAAAGAAGUCGACCCUCACUACCAAGUCUACGCGCAGGUCCUCAGCCGACACGGUCGCACCGGGAGUGAGAGUCAAGUGCUGGCAAAGAGAAACAACACGGACCUGAAGGCUCAAGCGCGCGUGGAGCUGUGGAGGAUGCGCGACGCGGGGGAGACGAUUCCGUACUGGAAGAGACUUCUAAUGCCGAGGGUGUUCCUGGAGGGCAGACCGCGUGCUACUGCGAUGACUGCGACACAAGAGGCGCAAGAGGCUGAGCAACAAGGGGAAGAGAGAGAGGAGCAGAUCGAAGCUGCUACCGGGGAGGGUGGAGAGGGAGCAGAGCCGUACGACCUCGGCGACGGCAUGGAUCUUGCUGCUGGCCUUCCGCCUCAAGAAGCCGACACACCAGGUAGCGUAGAGGAGGCCGUUCUCGGUGGAGACCCUUCGCGCGGCGAGGGAGAGGAGGACCACGAGAUGCAUCAAGAGUCGGCGGACGAUACGGAAGAGAGAGUAGCCAUGGCCGUGGCCGUCGCAGCAGCGUGGCGUGAAGGCGUCCCCAAUCCCUCCGAAGGGAGCGACUCGCCGCUGAGCAGUGUGCCGCCGCUGGAGGAGGAGAUGAGAGAGCUGGCCGUGAUUGAUGAGGAGGACGAGGGCAAGCAGCAGCAGAGAGGACAGCAGCCGCUUCGUCGCUCACGGAGGGAGCGUCGCGCCCCGUACUCGGAUACCGAGUGGGAGCACGGCGCUAGCCCCUCGCGUAAAGGGUCAGCAGCGAUUCGAGCCGGACCACACACGCGGCACUCAGCAUCGUCACCAACGCGCAAGACGACCGACCGAAUCGUACAACCGCAGGUCUCGCUGUCAUCUCCAUCUCGUGCCGGUCAACCGAGUGGGAGAGCGCCAGAGUUGAGGAGAGGGAGGUCUAGGAAGUCGACCGCGCCCUAGUCAGCGCGCGUCAUUGCAUCUCUUCACCCACAUGUACACUUAGCUCGAUCUACUCUAUUGCGGAUCCACUACAUCAUACCCUUUUACCCUGUGAGGUCACCCAAUGCGUCGCGCCCCGCCGAGCCCAGCGAGGCCAGAGAGAACCUUCUUUGAGCCUCUGCUUGCCCAGUCUUGCUCAAUUGCCGUCACGGAUGGCCCUCACAUUGUGGACCCGCCAAACGCAGGUCCGCCCGCCGUGCACUCACGGCAGCCCUCAACGGCCGUGCGGCAGGAGGCAUUUGUUGUCUCCGCUCGCGCAGCGUGGAGCCGAGGAGCGAGCGCGAGUCGAAAGGAC